CGUGGCACCGGGGGAGGCGCCGCCCGGCCCGGCCUUAAAGGCGGCGGGUGUUGGGGGGGGGCGGCCCGUGGUGGUUGUGGUUGUUGUGCACCGAGCGCGGCGGGACCGGCUGCCCCCGGAACCUGCGGCCAUGGCGGAGCGGAUCCUGGUGACGGGCGGGGCGGGCUACAUCGGCAGCCACUGCGUCCUGCAGCUGCUGCAGGCGGGAUACGAGCCGCUGGUCAUCGACAACCUCCGCAACGCGACCAGAGGUCCCGGCGCUCUCCCCGUCAGCCUGCAGCGCGUGCAGCUCCUCGCACAGACGCCGGUCGCGUUCCUGGAGCUGGACAUGUCGGACGGCGCGGCGCUGCUCGAGCUGUUCCGCACGAACCGCUUCUCGGCCGUGAUGCACUUCGCGGGGCUGAAGGCGGUGGGUGAGUCGGUGCGGCAGCCGCUGGAGUAUUACGGCGUGAACGUGACCGGCACCGUCCGGCUGCUGGAGGCCAUGGAAGCUCACGGCGUCAGGAACAUCGUGUUCAGCAGCUCGGCCACUGUCUAUGGCGACCCGCGGUACCUGCCCCUGGAUGAGAAGCACCCGGUCGGGGGCUGCACCAACCCCUAUGGCAAAUCUAAGUACUUCAUCGAGGAGAUGAUCCAGGACCUCUGCAAAGCAAAGAAGGACUGGAAUGCCAUUCUCCUGCGCUAUUUUAACCCCAUUGGUGCCCAUGAGUCUGGAAUGAUUGGAGAAGACCCCCAGGGCAUACCCAACAACCUCAUGCCCUACGUGGCACAGGUGGCAGUGGGGCGCCAGGAAUUCCUGAGUGUGUUUGGGAACGACUAUGAGACAGUGGAUGGAACGGGUGUUAGGGAUUAUAUCCAUGUUGUGGACUUGGCCAAGGGACACAUCGCUGCUUUGAAGAAGCUCAAAGAGAAUUGUGGCUGCAAGAUCUACAACUUGGGCACUGGCACAGGCUACUCUGUCCUGCAGAUGGUCCGGGCCAUGGAGAAAGCCUCGGGGAGGGAGAUCAAGUACAAGAUCACUGGCCGGCGGGAGGGAGACGUGGCUGCCUGCUAUGCUAACCCAGAGCUUGCUGAGCGGGAGCUGGGCUGGAAAGCUGAGUUUGGCCUGGACAAGAUGUGUGAGGACCUGUGGCGCUGGCAGCUGCAGAAUCCCACAGGAUACAGCAAGAACUGAGCCCAGAACUGAGGGCUCAUUCUAUGGUCCUGAGUUCAGGGCCUGCCCCCCUCCUGCCUCUGCGCUUCCUCAUCCUUACCCCACCGGGUCCUCUGCAUCUCACAGAGCUGAGCCAAGGCCCAGCCUCACUACCCAGGGCAUUAAACCCCCUCACAGAAAGGCCUGGGGCCGGGCACAGCGGGUGCUUGGUGGGGAUGCAUAUUGCAGGUGGGGCUGUAUCCAGUGCUCAGAUAUGUGGUCUUGGGUGCCCAAACUGUGGAAGAAAUUGCCUGUUCCUUACAGCCACAGUCCUUGGCCCCAAAAGGUCUGGGGAAGGAGCUGCGUUCCUCACACCUCCUGCAUGGUCCUACACGUUCCUCUUCCCACCCUGGACCACAGUCUGAGGCCCCCUGAGGACCAGCCCCUGCUGGCUGCCAGGGGCUCCCCUCCUUCCUCCUCCUCCUCUUGCUGGCUUUGGGGACCAAGUCUUGCUUGCUGCUGUGGGGCUGGAGGAGCCCCUGCCUGCCACAGUGAGGAAUCUGGUGUCUGGUUCUGCUUCCAUGGUGCCUGUGCAGCUGCUUCUGUAAUCACAUUCCCAAAGGUUGCUCAGGAGCGGCUCUGCUUGGCUGUCACACACUGAUCCUAUUUAUUACUAGCAGCAAUACUGGCUCCCUUAGGAAAUGAUGACUCAGCUGGCCCAGUUUGCUGUCAGGUAGAUUAAUAACUUAUGUUACUAAAUUAUGAAUAGAGCUUUUGAUUUGUUUCUAAAUAAAUUUUCUUACUUUCUAA